AAAAGCGGGAGCGUUUUUAAAAAACAACCAUCCAAUAAAUGCCGUGUUUCCAAACUGCAAAUUGCUGAUUUUGAAUAUGCCGAGGCAAGGUGAGGCCAAGCGGUCGAUGAAGGUGCCGAAACCGUCGCUGGGCGACACAGACGCGGAGAGCGACGACGAAACGGCUUUCCGAUCGCCGGAGCCGGAAGACGGCACCGACUACGGCUUGGAGUUCACCACCAGCCGCCUGACGCUGCAGGAGUCCUCCAAUCGUCGCUGCUCGACGCUGCGCAAGGACACCACCGCCGGCCGGAGACAGCGACCAGCAAACAGGACCUCGUCGAGCGACGAGGAAGAUCAGGAAAAUCGCCAACCGGGAGCAAGAUCACCGCAGACGCGUCGCAUGACUAGUCAGCAGGAGAGGCACCAGGCUUCCACCCAGCAGGCCAGAAAUCAGGUCUCAGCAUCAGGAUCACGAUCAGCCGCUGAGCAUAGGCCCAGGCGACGCAAGCUUGUCAAUCCCAUGAGCAAAGCGAAAAGGAUGGAUCGCGAGAUACGGCGGCUGCAGGCCAAUCCCGGCCUGCUUAUACCCAAGCUGCCGUUCUCACGCCUGGUACGUGAACUAAUCAUCCAAUACAGCCAAGGAGAUCCAAUGAGGGUCACCGAAGGAGCCUUGCAGGCCAUGCAGGAGUCCUCCGAGAUGUACCUGACGCAGCGGCUCUCCGAUUCGUACAUGCUCACCAAGCACCGCCAACGAGUCACGCUGGAGGUGCGCGACAUGGCCUUGAUGUCUUUGAUUUGCGACCGGGGUCAUUUCUAGUCCUCUAGCUUAGUUAGUCGUAAGAAUGUUGCCGUUUUAAGUUGAAUAGUUGAAUCCUGUUAAGUUAGCUGUACCGAAAGUUCAAGGACCAGAGUGAAUCUGGAGCGACAGGUUUCAACUUCAGUUUUUGGUUUUCCAAAUUCCAUUAUUACUUUGCAUACCUUUUAACUACUGUAAUUAGCAAUAACCUAAAUGUGUUUAUACACCAAAUUAUUUCCAAUGUAAAAAUGUACAAUUAUAAUUUUUUAAGUAUUUAUUUCUCUCUA